CGCUCAACACUUCCGGCGCCCGGUGAUGACGUUGCGCUACGGCAAGUCGGAAGGGCCGACCCUUGGAAGGGCGUUCCGAGCCCGCGGAGCCUGUCUGAGAGCAGGUCCCUGUGGAGGGCCAUGACUGAGUACAAGCUUGUGGUGGUGGGUGCUGGUGGUGUUGGAAAAAGUGCCUUGACCAUCCAGCUUAUCCAGAAUCACUUUGUUGAUGAAUACGAUCCCACUAUAGAGGACUCUUAUCGUAAGCAGGUAGUGAUUGAUGGAGAGACUUGUUUGCUGGACAUCCUGGAUACAGCAGGACAGGAGGAAUAUAGUGCCAUGAGAGACCAAUAUAUGAGAACUGGUGAAGGUUUUCUGUGCGUGUUUGCCAUUAACAACAGCAAAUCCUUUGCAGAUAUAAAUCUUUAUAGAGAGCAGAUAAAGAGGGUAAAAGAUUCUGAAGAUGUACCGAUGGUGUUAGUGGGAAACAAAUGUGACUUGCCAACACGAACAGUAGAUACCAAACAGGCUCAUGAAGUAGCCAAGAGUUAUGGGAUUCCCUUCAUUGAGACAUCUGCCAAAACAAGACAGGGUGUUGAAGAUGCCUUUUACACACUGGUGAGGGAGAUCCGUCAAUAUCGGAUGAAAAGACUCAACAGCAGUGAAGAUGGGAAUCAAGGCUGCAUGGGGCUGUCAUGCCGUGUGAUGUGAUUAGAUGCCAGAAAAACCUGUCCAAAGUGCAGCUAGAGUUUGAACCUGAAUUCCAAUGUGUUGCAUUUCAUGAUCAUGCUUGGCCAGUAUCCUGGUGCCUGUUGACCAGUGCUAUUUUUUUUUCCUGUCAGCACCAAAAGAGAAUGUCUAUGAACAUCUACCUCUUUUCCCAGCUGAGCAAGCAAAGAAAAUUGCAUUUGUUGUGUGAUGGGAUUUCCCCCGCUUUUUUCCUCUGGUAGGUUUAACUGGAGGACCUGAUCAUGUGAAACUGUUGAAGCCAAAUACUAUGAAAGCAUCUCUCUAUUUUUUAAAAAGAAAAGUUGGAGCAAAUUAUAACUGAACUCUGUGGAAGUCUACUACUUAGUAAUGCCUGGUAAUGUUGUGCCUGGCUUCCUAGACAACAUUACCAAAGAGGGACAUACUUACUACACUCCUUUACACUGUGUAUCUAAAAUGUUCUUAUAGCACAUCAACUUACUGCACCUACUAUGGCCUUUUGAACCCUUGCGAUUUUUUUUAAUAGCAAAGGGAAUGAUGAUCCUUGAUAACCAAGUGCCUACGUUUUGUCCUACUUUGGCAGGUUGCAAGGAUGUGUGGGGUCUCAGCAAGCCCAUAUUGAAUAGAUGCCUCAGAUGAUUGUUCUGUCUAACAUAGUACUGUCUACUCCUGAUAAGCAGUGGUUCUGCUGACUGAUCCCUCUUAACAGGACUUGUCCGAGAUUUCAUAUGGGACUUCCUGCAUGCAGACUCUUUGCAACUGAGUUAUCCCUCACAUCCACUUGUGGGUUAUGCAGAGGACUUCAGUUCACCACUGAUUGAAAUGCACUUUGAUCUCUAACACACUGUGUGGGGAGAAUGGCAAUCAAUUGCUCCACUCCAGUGUUAAAUACAUUCCAUUUAGCUUUUUUACUGUGCUUGAAGCCUUUGGUGUGUCCCAAGGCCAGUUAACAGCUGUGGAUGCUACAUGUACCAACAGUUCUGAUGCCAAACAUGAAAUAUGGCUCUAUGAGGGCCUAAUAGGGAAGAGGGAGUUGUCCCAGCUAUCUAUGCACUUCUGUUUUGUUUUUUAAUUAAAUGUUGCUAUUCAUCUUUGUCAGGCAUAUCCUCUCUUUUUUUAACCUGUGAAAAACAUUAUGAUGUGGAAGAACACUUGAUUGUCAUUAUAUACACUGAAUGCUCUCUCCAGGUAACUGCUGUGCAGUUAAUCUAAGAGCAAAGAGCUAGAGCAAAACAGAAUGGUAGAAACAUGCAGUAGGUUUGAUGUUCAAAACAAUCUGAUAUUGCUUGAAGGAAGGAAGUGAAUGUCUUUUGUACAUACAGCCACAUAGAACUUCCAUCUAGAUCCUUCAUUAUGCUGAGUUUCUCCUAGACCAUGAUUCUGUUCCUGAAUGAAGAUGGCCUGUGGGAUUUCCUUACACUAUUACAGGAAAUAGUUGAUUGAAUAGAAGAGCACCGUUUAUCUGAAAUACUUAAAAGCGGUCCUAAUUCUUACUUGUGUAUACCACUGUCUUAUGAGUGGCAUGCAUUAUCUAAUGGCUAGCAUGUGUGAAGUGCCUCUAUUAAAAAGGUACCAAUGGAGUUUGUGUUAGAUCAUAUGAAAGCACCAUUUGUGGAUGAUUGUUUUUCUUCUCAUUCCCUUCUGUUCUUUCUUUUCCCUCUCUCCCCUGUAAGCUCUCUUAAUGUUACUGCAUUUAUAAACUUACUGAACUCAAGUCAGAUUGCAGUAGAAAUGGCGUCCAAUGUUGUAAGUUCUUUACCAGUAUAUUUCUUUCAUUGCCAUUUUACUGCACAUGUGCCAAGACAAAAGAGAAACCACUAUGUAACCACCUAAGAAAAGGGAUGGCAGAGCAUACUCUGUAAAGUACCUGUGCUCUUACCUCAUAAAUGUUGCCUGCUGGUUUUAAGCAGCAUUGGAUGAAGUCAUGCAGUAUGGGGAGAACUGUUAAUGUGCCUUACUUCUAGUUAAACUAUUAAAGAUCAAAUCCAAGUCUUAAGACAACACAUAACUCUCAUUGGUAAUAAACUGCUAGGAGCUGAAGAACAA